CGCCCUCGCGCCAUUGGUUCGCGCCUGUCAUGUGGCGCCUGCGAGCGUUCGAUCCCUGGCGGAAGCCGGUUACGAGGGGGGCCGGCUGGAGGGCGGCAGGCGCAGGAGACGGAGCCUGUCAGGGCCCCCCUCAGGCGGCCAUCAUGGAUUCCCGGCCCCUGUUCCAGACCCUGCACUCCCUGGUGGAGGACAACGCCGCCUUCUUCCGGGACAGCGCCACGGAGACGAGCCAGCGCUUCGUGGCGGCCUUCACGGCCAUCCGGGAGCACGCCCGGUUCCUGGAGCCGAUCCUCGGCCACUUUGCCACCGUCUACCACAUCUUCGACCUGGACGAGUACACGCCGGCCAACGGCUACCGGAGCCUGGCCCAGACGGUGCGCUGCUGCCUGGCCCACAUCGUGCACAAGAGCCGCUACGUGGCCGCCAACCGCAGCAGCAUCUUCUUCCGCAGCAAGCACAACUGCGCCGAGCUGGAGGCCUACUGCACCGCCCUGACCCAACUGCGGGCCCUGGUCUACCUGGCCCAGCGCCUGCUGACCCACAACCGCCCCGGCUGCCUCUUCCACCACGAGGAAGGGGGACUCUCCGAGCAGUUCCUGCAGGAGUACAUCACCAUGAGCAAGGGGUGUUUCUACGGCCGCUGCAUGGGCUUCCAGUUCGCCCCCUCCAUCAGGCCCUUCCUGCAGACCAUCGCCAUCAGCCUCAUCUCCUUUGGAGAAAACUACAAACGGCACGUGUCCGGCCUCAGCGUGGCGGCCGGCUCGCUUUUCACCAGCGGCAAGUUUGCCAUCGACCCCGAGCUGCGAGGGACGGAGUUUGAGCGCAUCACGCAAAACCUGGACGUGCACUUCUGGAAGAGCUUCUGGAAUCUCACCGAGAUGGAGCUGUUGGCUUCCCUGGCCAGCAUGACCUCCUCACAGGUCCGGGUCUCCCGGGCGCUGUCGGUGCCGCCCGUCUCUUUCGAUCUGCCGCUGGCCGCCGACCCCAAGCUGUCCGUCACCAUCACGCCUCCGGUGGCCCACAGCGGACCCGGAUCCAUCCAGAUGAGGCUGAUCUCCUACGAGCUGCGCGAGGGACAGGACAGCGAGGAGUUGGCCAGCCUGGUGCGUCCCGAGGGAACCCUGGCCCUGGAGCUGCGCUGGAAGACCAAACCGCUGCCCCGUUCGCCGUGCCUGGUGGUGCACAUCCACGGCGGGGGCUUCGUGGCCCAGACCUCCAAGUCGCACGAGCCGUACCUGAAAGCCUGGGCCCAGGAGCUGGACGCCCCCAUCCUCUCCAUCGACUACUCCCUGGCGCCUGAAGCCCCCUUCCCGCGGGCCCUGGAGGAGUGCUUCUACGCCUACUGCUGGGCCCUCAAGAACUGUCACCUUCUAGGCUCCACGGCAGAGAGGGUGUGCCUGGCGGGAGACAGUGCCGGCGGGAACCUGUGCAUCACCGUCUCCAUGCGAGCAGCCGCCUUCGGGAUCAAGAUGCCGGACGGGAUCAUGGCAGCCUACCCGGUCACCCUCAUGCAAGCCUUGGCCUCCCCCUCUCGCCUCCUGACCUUGCUCGAUCCACUCCUGCCCCUCAGCGUCUUAUGCAAGUGCCUCAGCGCCUACGCAGGGUUGGACCCCGAGCAGUCUGAAGAUCCCGCCCUGGAGAAGUUGAGCCCCAUGAACAUGGUGAAACGAGAUACCAACCUCCUCUUCCGGGACCUGCGUCUCAGCGCCUCAUCCUUCCUCAGCUCCCUGCUGGAAAACACAGGCAAGGCAGAUGGGGCGGGCGGAGUGGACGAGCCCAUCAGGAAGAGCAUCUCGGAGGCGGCCCUGAAAUCCAAGCCCGCUUCCAACUCCCGAGAGUCCCGCAAGAGCCAGACCUGCCACAACCUCUCCUGCGUCCCCGAGUCCUCCCCCCUGGAGCGGGGCUGCCCCUCCAGCCCCUCCCGGAGCCCGGGACACCAUCAGACCAGCUUCUUUCUGAACAAGGACAAGCAGGAAGACGCCGCGGCCCCCGACAAGGAACACAGGAUGGUCUUCCCGGACGGCUUUGAGCCCCUGCGCUCCGAGCAGCCGGCCCCCAGCCUGCACGUGGAGCUCUCGCCCAUCUUCAAGAACCCCUUCAUGUCACCUCUCCUGGCUCCCGACGCCAUGCUGACGGGCCUGCCGCCAAUCCAUAUCGUGGCUUGCGCCCUGGACCCCGUGCUGGACGACUCGGUGAUGUUCGCCCGGCGGCUGCGGACCUUGGGCCAGCCGGUGACCCUGCGGGUGGUGCAAGACCUGCCCCAUGGCUUCCUCAGCCUGUCGCAGCUGAGCAGGGAGACCCGCCAGGCCUCCGCCAUCUGCACGGAGCUGAUCCGCGAGAUCCUGCGUCCCCUGGAAGAGGCGCCACUGCCGCCGCGCGCCGCCGCCACCGCCUCCUCCUCCUCCCUCCGCAAGCAUCGCAAACUGGAGAGGACCUGCCACGCCGGAGCCGCCUCUCAGGUGGCGACCCAAGAGGACAGCACCCAAGCCAGACUGGAGGGACAGGGCGGGACCCUCAGGGCAAGCGAAGGCCCCACGAGGCCUGCAGUCAAGGCGGCUCCCGUCGCCCAGGGGCACCCGGCCAGGGGGAGCUCUGCAGCGGGCCAGCCAAGCGAGGCCAGCCCCCCCUCUGACCCUGACCUCACCACCACCGGCCAGGACACCAGCUCUUCCGGAGGCGCAGUGGGGCGGGGGGUGGGUGCCUGACCCCUCCCCUCCCCAAGCCCAUCACCAGAAACGCGUGGCUCGAGCCCACCCUUGUGUGACGCGGCUUCCUUUUGCAGUGGAAAUUCUAUUUUGGUGCUCUUUUCUGUCUCUGUCGUGGGUCACGCCUGAGCUCGCCCCGGCAUCAGCGUGCAUUGUGGGAAAUCACCCUCCCCCACACCGUUAUCCCUCCCCUCCUCUGGAGUGCCGUUUUAGUGGGGCUUUUUUUUUUUUAAAGGACACCUGUGUGGGACUCUGCAGCCCCCAACCCCUCCUGCUCUUUGUGGAUUCCUCAGUCUCUGCCUUUCUUGAUGCCCCACCUCCGCCCACCCAAGAGCACUCCAGUUCUCCACACUCCGUGGUUAUCCACGCACAAUACUCCAUGGUUAUCCACGCACCUUUGAGCAAGGUGCUACUCCUGGCACAGGGAGACCACGUGGCCUUUACGGGGGGGGCGGUCCAUUCUUCCAACACUGCCCGGGGGACCCUUAAAUAGCACAGAGCGGGCCCCCUCCCACACCGACACUCCACCCGCACACAGUAAGCCAUUGCAGCCACUGCCGCGUUCCGUUUGUCGGCUGAGGUAACCUUACCACGACCUGUCAGUAUUACCCUGGGACAGACAUCAUGACAGUGUGCCCUUCCUACAAGAAUCUCUUUGCCUUUUGACGUUGUCGUUGCUGUGAACCAAAGGAGGGAAGGGGAGGCAAGAGAGGAUUUUUUUUAGGGGAGGGGGGCUUCCUUGCCUCCCACGAAGGGCUCCGAUAUUCCCUCUCCGCCCGUCUCCACCAGCGGCAGCGGGCAGCGGGAGGGGAAACGCAAGCUGGUUUUUUAAGAGAAUAAAAGUCUUGUUUGAUUUUGA